AUGGGUUCCUCCAAGCGGCACCGGGAGCGGGGCGAGGCCUCCGAGGACCCCGCUGGGGCGCCUCCGCCGGCUUCCUCCUCCUCCGCUUCCUCCGGGCCGGCGGCCGCCGCCUCAGCCGCCUCCUCCUGCUGGAGCCGCCUUGGGAGAAAUUUUUGGGGAUCCGGCCAGGACGUGUGCUCAUUUCAGAGCAGGAACGGAAUAAUUCAGGCACCCCGAGAACAGGGUCCAGGUUUUCUUCCGUUGGUUCGCUCGGUAGGUUGGCGAGUAAAACUUCUCUUCUUUCUUCCCAAAACAGGCGUCACCUCAAAGUCCAGCUCGGGAGACGCUUCCCUCAGCAUCGAGGAGACGAACAAACUUCGUGCGAAACUUGGAUUGAAGCCCCUGGAGAUCAAUACGGUCAAAAAGGAGACGGGCAGCAAAGAGGACCCCGUGGCGGCCGACGUCAUCAACCCCAUCGUGCUGAAGCAGCGAGAGGAAAUCCGGGAGAAACUAGCGGCUGCCAAGGAGAAGAGGCUCCUUAACCAGAAACUAGGGAAGAUCAAGACGCUUGGGGAAGAUGACCCCUGGCUGGACGACACGGCGGCCUGGAUCGAGAGGAGCCGGAAGCUGCAGCAGGAGAAGGACAUGGCAGAGAAACGGGCCAAGCUUUUGGAAGAGAUGGAUCAGGAGUUUGGGGUCAGCAGCCUGGUGGAGGAAGAAUUUGGGCAGCAGAAGAAGCAGGUCGGCUACAGCGCCCGCGAUCUGAAAGGCCUGACGGUGGAGCACACCAUCGAUUCCUUCCAGGAAGGCCAGACGGUCAUCCUGACCCUCAAAGACAAAGGUGUCUUGGAGGAAGAGGGCGGGGACGUCCUGGUGAACGUCAACAUCGUGGACCAGGAGAAAGCCAAGAAGAACGUGGAGCUGCGGAAGAAGAAGCCGGAUUACAAGCCCUACGAGGAAGAGGAGAGCGUGGACGACAUGGUGAUGUUCAAGCACAAGACCAUCUUGUCCAAGUACGAUGAGGAGAUCGAAGGGGAGAAGAAGAAGUCCUUCAAGCUGGACUCGGUCGGGAUGGCCGACGGCUCCUGGGAGCGGGAGCUGCAGCAGAUCCGGGAGACCCUUCACCACCGGGCCCAGACCCUGGAGCUGCCCGAGAUGCACCCGGCCUCCGAGUACUUCACCCCAGAGGAGAUGCCGGCCUGGUUCCAGAGAUGCUUCCCCAGGGGGACGCUUGAGGGCUACGUCCAGCCUCAGCUGGAGGGAUCCAGCGCCUGCCCUGCUCACCUGCACGCUCCUCUUGAACCCACCCUCCUCUCAAAUGUCAGUUAUGUCCACGUUACACUGCAAAAUAAAAUCCGCUGCGCGCGGUCUCGGCUUCAUCUCUCUUCCAUGGGGUCCUCCAGGGCUCGCGGCCGAGGCAGGCGGAGGGUCAUCAAGGAGGAGGAAGAGGAAGAGAACGAAGAUGGCUACGGGGAGCCCAGGAGGAACGGAGCAGCCGAGCAGGUGCCCCCGUCCGAUGACCUCCGAGUGGAGAGGAUGGACAUCAGCAGCGGGGAAGACGAGGAUGCUCUCCAGGGCCCCGACUCUCCCGCAGCCCUGGAGGAAGACGAGGCCGAAGAGGAGCUGCAGAAACAGCUGGAAAAAGGGCGGAAGCUGAGACAGAUCCAGCAGCUGAAGGACAGUGGGGAGAAGGUGAUAGAGAUUGUAAAGAAACUGAAGACCAGCCGCAGCCAGGAGGACGACGACGAGCUAGAGAGGAAGGGGGCCAUCGUCUUCAACGCCACCUCCGAGUUUUGCCGCACCCUGGGCGAGAUCCCCACCUACGGCCUGGCCGGCAACCGCGAGGACCAGGAGGAGCUCAUGGAUUUUGAGCGCGACGACGAGAGAUCCGCCGAGGGGGGCUCCGACUCGGAGGGCGAGGAGAACAUCGGGUGGAGCACGGUCAACCUGGACGAGGAGAAGCAGCAGCAGGACUUCUCCACCUCCUCAACCACCAUCCUGGACGAGGAGCCCAUCGUCAACCGGGGCCUGGCCGCCGCCCUGAUGCUGUGCCAGAACAAAGGCUUGCUGGAGACCACAGUGCAGAAGGUGGCCCGAGUGAAGGCACCCAAAACCCUCCCGUCUGCCGUCUACUGCAUCGAGGACAAGAUGGCCAUCGAUGACAAAUACAGCCGUCGGGAAGAGUACCGAGGCUUCACCCAAGACUUCAAGGAGAAGGACGGCUACAAGCCGGACGUCAAGAUAGAAUACGUGGACGAGACGGGGCGCAAACUCACGCCCAAGGAGGCUUUCCGGCAGCUGUCCCACCGCUUCCAUGGCAAAGGGUCUGGCAAGAUGAAGACGGAGCGGCGCAUGAAGAAGCUGGACGAGGAGGCGCUCCUGAAGAAGAUGAGUUCCAGCGACACCCCGUUGGGGACAGUGGCUUUGCUGCAGGAGAAGCAGAAGGCCCAGAAGACCCCCUACAUCGUGCUCAGCGGAAGCGGGAAGAGCAUGAACGCAAACACCAUCACCAAGUGAACACCUCCCCCCCUUUCCCACUGCGGGAGGGAAAUUCUUGCUCCCCGCUGGGGGCUCGGCCAUUCUGGGGGCACCCAGAGGACCUCCAUCCUUCUCCGCUCGCGGGAGCCUUUCAAGAGGGGGGGCCCGCCGGCACUCGCUCGCUUCCCCACUUCCCGGGGGGGGCGCGAGGGGAGCCUCUGUGUACAUAGUUGGGAAGCUGAGUUGUGAGCCUCGACCUGUUUUCUUUUUUUAAAUCUGUAUGUGAAAUCAAAUCACGGAAUAAACGCAGCUCCUUCCACA